AUGACCGGACCUGGCGGCACGUCGGGCCCGGCUUCUGGAGGGUUCCGGGGUGACCGGGCCUGGCCGGGUGCCGUGGUGCCCCGGGCCGGGGAACUGGUCCCAAGCGUUCCCCGUUCUCAACUCUGCGUCGAGGAGAAGUGGCAGCUGAGCCCAAAGCAGAGGCCCGAGCGAUGCUGACAACACGAGAGAAGCAACUUGGCCGGGGUGCGGCACAUCCUGCUGGUGCUUUCCGGGAAGGGUGGCGUGGGCAAGAGCACCAUCUCCACCGAGCUGGCUCUGUCGCUGCGGCUCUCCGGGAAGAAGGUGGGGAUCCUGGAUGUGGACCUGUGUGGCCCCAGCAUACCCCGCAUGUUCAGGGUGCAGGACAAUGACGUGCACCAGUGCGACGGCGGCUGGGUCCCCGUCUUUGUGGACCAAGACAAGAGCAUCUCGCUCAUGUCCAUCGGCUUUCUGCUGGAGAAGCCAGAUGAUGCCGUGGUGUGGAGAGGACCCAAGAAAAACGCUUUGAUCAAACAAUUUGUUGCUGACGUGGCCUGGGGGGACCUGGACUUCCUCAUUGUGGACACGCCGCCAGGCACGUCCGACGAGCACAUCUCCACAGUGGAGGCCUUGCGGCCCUACAAGCCGCUUGGAGCAAUCCUGGUCACAACACCCCAGGCCGUGUCUGUAGGAGAUGUAAGGCGAGAGCUGACGUUCUGUAAGAAGACAGGCUUACGAGUUCUCGGCAUCGUGGAGAACAUGAGCGGCUUUGUCUGCCCGCACUGUUCGGAGUGCACAAACAUCUUUUCUAAAGGGGGAGGUGAGGAGCUGGCCAAGCACGCUGGGGUCCCCUUUCUAGGCUGUGUUCCCCUGGACCCCCAACUCAGCCAGAGCUUGGAGGAAGGCAGAGACUUCAUCCAAGAGUUUCCCAAGAGCUCUGCCUUCCCUGCCUUGGCUCACAUCACCCAGCAGAUCUUGGAUGGAACGUCACAGCAGAGCUCCUGAUGAGGCUAUUGAGCUGGAUUCUUGCUGGCUGAGCCCCUGGCCUGGUAGCACCAUGAGCAGCCUGUGCCGGCGGGGAUGGGGGAUGCAGAAGCUGUUUAGCUGCA